AUGGAGGAGCACAUUCGACAGAGCAUGACCAACCACCCCCAUGCCUUACAGCAUCUGACGAGCAGUUCUCCCCACCCGUCGCAACGGUCCGAGAGAAUGACGUCGCGCUCGUUCAACCAAGGCACCUCCACGGCGGUGGAGACCGAGGACUCAACCAUGUCCCAGCAGCAACACCGCCAUGGCGGCGCCGAUGAGGAGGGUCGACCUCCGCCUCGCUAUACUCCCGAUACCGACCCCUUCCACCUGGCUUCCAAGCUGAAGUCUGAGGAGGAGAUCCGCCAGAUCAAGGCCAACUCCGGGCGCAAGCGCGAUGCCAAUGGCCCCAAGAUCGCGGAGAUAAUGCGGGAAACAGGUGCCAAGGGCAAACAGGCGUUCAUCACCCGCAAACUGCAGGGUUUCUACGAGACACAGAACGAGAACAUCGAGCGGAUGCUGAAGCCGGUCGAGGAGCACGUCCGGGCGGCGCGGGAACUGAACGCCGAGAACAAUCUCAAGUAUAAGAUCGCCGUGUACGGCAGUUUCGCAGCCAACAUCAUCCUGUGCGUAGUACAGGUGUACGGCGCCGCGUCUUCCGGCUCGCUGUCGUUGUUCACCACCAUGGCCGACGCGAUCUUCGACCCUAUGUCAAACCUGACCUUGCUACUGUGCAACAAGGCCGUCAACCGCGUCGACCCGCGCAAAUUCCCCGCCGGCAAGGCGCGUAUCGAGACCGCCGGUAAUAUCUGUUUCUGCUUCCUGAUGACUGCUGUCUCGUUCAUCAUUAUCGCGUUCUCGAUCCGCGAGCUUGUCGCAGGGUCCGACACCCUCCACUCCACCUUCCAUUUGCCCUCCAUCAUCGCCGUGGCUGUCGCCUUCGUUACCAAGCUCGCCCUGUUUACAUACUGCUUCGCGCUGCGUAACCAGGUCUCGCAGAUCCGUAUUCUCUGGGAGGACCACCGCAAUGACCUGCUCAUCAACGGCUCCGGUCUGUUGACCUCCGUCCUGGGCUCCAAGGUCCGCUGGUGGAUUGAUCCCAUGGGCGCUAUUCUACUGUCGAUCCUGGUCAGCGGGCUCUGGCUGCACUCUGCCUACGGCGAGUUCCAGCUACUCGUUGGCGUGACUGCUGAUACCAAGAUGCAGCAGCUCAUCACUUAUAUUUCCAUGACUCACUCUCCCCUCAUCACUGCCAUCGACACCGUCCGCGCCUACACCUCUGGCCCGCGCCUGCUCGUCGAGGUUGACAUCGUCAUGGAGGACUCCGCCUCGCUGCGCGCGACCCACGAUGUCGCGGAGGAACUGCAGAUGAAGCUCGAGUCUCUCCCGGAUGUGGAGCGUGCCUAUGUCCACGUUGACUACGAGACAACCCACAAACCGGAGCAUUUCUUGAAGAAGGAGCUUUAA